UGUAUGGCACGCUCGUCCUAGACUGAAAAGAGAUCUGAAUCCAUGAGAGCUGGGUGGUGAAUUCUCAGGUGCAGCGGUCGCUAUUCAUCUGCGGUGGUAGAAUCACUCGACAAUGAGGGAGGGGCAGCAGUUGUCAAGAGGUUCGUACUGUCUUUGAGGAUGCCGGUGAUGUAUUUUUUCCCCCUCACAGGAGCUGCUCAGUACUGGACUGGACGUACACUGAAUCUCCACAGAACAGCUAUACAGCAUAGUGGGAAUUCUAGCCUUAUCAUACUCAACGUUUUGUGAUAAAGUACUAUACCGUUAGCUCGCUAACGUUACAUACAGUAAUAUGCUCCACCUUCCAGACCAGGAUGAAGUUUGAUUGACAUGGGUGCCCCACUGCAUAUGAUUAUUAUUAUGAGAUGGCUUAAAAUGAGAAGUUAAUUUAACUAGCUAUAUAACUAUUACAUUGAAUAAUGAUAGCUUGGCUAUCGGUGCUUACCAAGUAUCGUCAGAAAGCCAGGUCAGAUCUACAUGACAUUAACGCCUUAGACCAGAGCUAAUACACAUAGCUAGAUAAAGGUAACUAAUACAAAGUGUUUCAGUGUCUAAGAAAUAGUGAAAUGAAAAUAGCGGUGAAAUAUUUAGCGGGGAAUUUAGAAACUGGAUUGCAAAUACCUAACUACGGCAAGUGAAAUAGGUCAAAAGUAUUUUUUUUGUGCUUCCGCUUUCUGCACUGUCAACGCUUGGCUUGGUUGUUGGGCCGAGCUGCUGGGAACAAUGAUGUCGGAGCAGGAGGCUCUGAAGUGCUCCAGCGCAAGAAACCGUGGAGGAACGCAGCGGGUUGAAGGGAAACUGCGAGCGAGUGUAGAAAAGGGAGAUUACUAUGAGGCUCACCAGAUGUACAGAACCUUGUUUUUUAGGUAUAUGUCACAGGCAAAGCAUGCAGAUGCCACGGAGUUGAUGUACAAUGGCGCCCAGCUCUUCUUCAGUUACAACCAGCUCAACAGUGCUGCAGACCUGUCAAUGUUGGUGCUGGAGUCUUUGGAGAAAUCAGAGGCAACGGUAGAGGACGAAGACUUAGAGCACUUGGCUAAGCUGUUCAGUUUGAUGGACCCUAACUCCCCAGAGAGAGUAGCAUUUGUGUCUCGCGCACUCAAGUGGUCCACAGGCGGCUCGGGGAAGCUGGGCUCCCCCAAACUGCAUCAGCUCCUGGCAGUCACCUUGUGGAAAGAGCAAAACUACAGUGAGUCUCGCUACCACUUCUUGCACUCCUCUGAUGGAGAGGGCUGUGCCCAGAUGCUGGUGGAGUACUCGGCGCAGCGGGGCUUUCGCAGCGAGGUGGACAUGUUUGUGGCGCAGGCCGUCCUACAGUUCCUCUGUCUAAAGAACAAAAACAGUGCAUCUGUGGUGUUCAGCACAUAUACUCAGAAACACCCCUCAAUAGAGAAGGGCCCUCCCUUUGUUCAGCCCUUGCUCAACUUCAUCUGGUUUCUCUUGCUGGCAGUGGAUGGAGGGAAAUUAACAGUGUUCACAGUGCUAUGUGAACAGUAUCAGCCUUCCCUGAAGAGGGACCCUAUGUAUAAUGAGUAUCUCGACAGGAUAGGUCAGCUUUUCUUCGGGGUGCCACCCAAACAGUCCUCAUCAUAUGGUGGAUUGCUCGGAAACCUGUUGAACAGCCUGAUGGGUUCAGAUGAGGAGGGAGAGGAAGCACAGGAGGAUGGCAGCCCCAUUGAGCUGGACUGAGAGCUCUGGGACGAGCAAGGCUACCCCCCCUCCCCUCCCAUGUGGUUGCAGGGGCGUGCUGGUCUCCCUACCUCCCAUUUCCCCAAGACAUCCAACCAGAACCAGAACAAAUAGCAGGCCAAACUAUCCCCCAGCACUGCCUGGACUGCGCAAAAAUGCAAAUGCUUUCCGUUUGAGUUAUAUUAGGUUUUAUUUUCAUCGUUUUGGUUUCUUAGUUUUGGACAAUUUUCUGUGUAGCUUUGGUCUUUUCAAAGGAAAGCAGCUGCAAUCCUUACUUCCUGGACUUCUUAUUUUCUCUCAUCCCCAGGGACAGAAAAGAUUCAACAAUGACUGCAUAAUAAUUUGUCAUAAUUAUAGCUCCUAAAAUAACACCUCAUCCUGGGAUACAACAACAACAAUGAAAAACACUUCUCUCUAGGGAGUAACACUUUUUCUCCCCAUUCACCAUGCAUCCACCGGAAGUGGAGGUAGUAAUUUCUAUUAAAGAGUUACUAUAACCAACUUGUAAUCCAUGUAAAUGUUCAAUAAUAGUCAGGAGUGUUUGGGGGUGUGGUGAGCUGCAUGGUAUAGUGUCAUUGGGGAGAGACAUACAGGUAACUGCCCAAAGUAUUGGAAACACUUGAGGGAUGAAAGUAUAUUGAAAGCAGGUGGAUUAACGUCACAUCUUGCUUAGGGUCGUGUGUAAAAAUGCUGGGCAGGCCAUCAUUUUGGCUAACAUGGCUAUUCCCUUAUAGGAUGACAAUGCCCCCAUCCACAGGGCAUGAGAUCUCAACCCAAAUGAACAGUUAUGUGAGAUUCUGGAGUGGUGCCGGAGAGUGUUUUUCCAUCAACAAAACACCAAAUGGUGGAAGAAUGGUGUCACAUCCCUCCCAAUAGAUUUCCAGACACUAGAAUCUAUGCCAAUGUGUAUGGAAGCUGUUCUUGCUCGACAUCCUAAAAAGAUGCUAUGUUAGUGUUUCCUUUAUUCUGUCAGUUGCCUCUACCUGUCGGGCAUCGUAUACCUGGCUGCAAACUAAAGCCGGAUUUGAUCACUAUUCAUAAUCUGUUACGUAUGGGAGAUUACAUGUGUUUAAAUCGACAGGAGUGGAUGGGUAUGCUCAGAUCAUAUAAACGUGGCUGUGAGUGUGUUGAUGAAUGUAUUUGGCAUGUUCAUGUAAAUGCAAGUCAGUUCCGUUGAAGUCUUCUAUUUUGGGCGCCCCCCCCGGUACAUUUUUCAGUGAGUUGGUGACUGCUCCAUUUUGUCGGUCCAGAUGUUUGACUGCGAUCAGACGGACAAAGAGAAGAUUAAACAACUUGAAACUAUCCCCGCCUUCCGUAGUAUUAUAUUGCCUAUAUCCAGAAGCUUAGUUAUCUUACCGGGUUGGGCUUAAAUGCAUACUCCAGUAUCCAAAAUGAAUAUUCAUUUACAUGGAGAGAGUGGUUGUUUAAAUCAGUACUUUUACAUUAUCUUCUGCUACUGUACAUGUUUUAGGAUUUUUUUUGUGUGUUGAAUUCAUGUUUUACAGGUUCAUAUCUGUUUUGGAAUUUUAACCGCUGUCGAAAUUCUCAUGGGUGAAUCUUCCAAAGCUACUCUACAGCCACCUCGAGAUACUUUGUUAUUAUAAAGUUAAAGCCUUGAUAAUAGUCAAGAUGUCCAUUAGGGUGUUACAACUAUAACAUCUCUUAAUUUAAGAAAAUAAGUUAUUCAAUGCACCAAUAUGUAGCCUGGAUAGGAUAAAGGUCUGAAUCAAAUAUUCCUCCUGCUUUGUGAGUCAUACGGUUAAGGCACAAAACGUUUAGGAAAUGAUACCCGGAGUUGUGUGACCAAAGGCUUUUAGACAGACCGGGGCUCUGGCGAGCAAGCCGGCAUGUUGGAACAUAACAUUUUGUUUUUGAUAGUUUCAGUUGAAUGCAAAUGGGGGUGGUUUGCCUUUUAAAAUGUUACACUAAUUGAGUAAAUAAACAACUGAUGAUA